AUGCGGAGUUGUGAUGGUCAAUACAUGCCGUUGGACUGGGUGUUGUUCGGGCUUCAGACGGUGUUGUUGCGAUGUUCCUGGAAGGAAGAGGAUGUGCUAUUGAUUCCGUUAUGUUCGGUGAAGAGUCUUCUGCCGGGUCCGAUUGAGGAGCUGGAAGUGUGCGGCACGUGUGUGUCGUUCGAAACUUUGUGUUCGGCCACAGUGGAGAGCGAAGUGUUCCAUGUGUCACAGAGCCAUCGACUACCCGGCAAUAGUCGCUCUGCUUUCCGCUAUGGCGAUCUUGAACAGUUCCGGCCAGGUCUGGAAAGAUUCCCAUGCAGUGUGCUCACACACGAAGCUGCACGACGAACUUUCUGGUAUCAACGCCACACCCUCCCCUUCAAAACAAAUCCCCGAGAUUUUAACACACAGGACCACAUCAUCAAAGGUCACUUCACCAACCUCUACGGCCCAAACCAGGUCUUCCUCGGACUCAUUCCGGACCCCGACUUACUCGCCGAAACACGCGCCAAGGAUGCGACCUGUCUGCGACUCAACACGUCUCGCCAACCUGCAACGCCCGGCCUGCCUGCAACGACCGGCCUGCCUGCAACGACCGGCCUGCCUGCAACGCCCGGCCUGCCUGCAACGACCGGCCUGCCUGCAACGCUUGAAACGAACUUCUCCGCGACCUCGCCACUCAACGUCGGCGACUGGACAACUCAAACCCAGACUGGGCCAUGGACGGGUCAACUCAACGUCGGCGACUGGACAACUCAAGUGCAGAUUGGACCGUGGACCGAUCAACUCAACUUCGGCAACUGGACAACUCA